CUCCAUGAUCGGCAGGUCUGUGGCUCCCACCCUUGCAGUGGACUCGGACAAGCAACAGGAUAGACGACCUUACAUACGGCAUUGUGAAGCUUAGUACGACCACCACUGCAAAGAACGAAAUGCGCUUGCUUGACGAAGCAGAGAUCUUUCUCACGAUAGGCACUUCAGUAUUCAGUCAUCAAGGAGGCCAUUUCUCUGGCAUGUGGCAGCUGAGUGCUAAUCUGCGUGUGUCGAAAGGAGUCUGCGAUCAAUAAAGCGGACUAGGUUCUUUCGCCCAGUCGUGAAGAAAUCAAGGCAAGUGAUGUGUCAGAGAUACCAGGCUGUGAUCAGCAACAUUUUCUUGCCCUUCUCAUAUGUCCUGCCAAUCGUAUGGCUUGUACCACUUCGCUGCUCAUCGGACCGCACUUCCCUUUCAGACUGUGUGGGCUACUGAAGUCUUACUAUCGCGCGGUCUUAUCCGCAAUUCCUAUCCCGUCGAAUUCGUUGUUAUCAGAAGGCCUAACUCUCAUCUCCGUCUGGUGAGAACGUCGACCCAUUGAUGCCUUGUAUCUAUAACGAGAGAAGCAAGACUUUCCAAGCGAAUUUGCAUUGAAAAGUUCUUCAAAACGUAAGGUACCAGUACACAAAUGGCGCCAAUCGCAUUACACGACGAGGCUGUUUCGGUCGUCCAGACUUGCAAAGUUGCAGCAGCAGCAGCCUCUACGAAGAAGGAACUCACCCCGCUAGAGUCGCUUGCCCAUCAGGCGAAUAGCAAACCUCUCCCCAAGAUUCCCACCUUCAACACGCACGAAGAGAAACGACAAUGGCAACUCGAACACAUGGCCGCUGCGUUCAGGGUCUGGGCUCGAGAGGGCUAUGCGGAAGGUAUCAGCGGACACAUCAGCGUGCGGGAUCCAGAAUUCGAAGACCGCCUAUGGAUUAACCCCCUUGGCGUUCAUUACGGCAUGAUGAAAGCAAGCGACAUGGUCUGCAUCAACUACAUGACCGGCGAGGUUGUUGGAGGAAAUACAGAAAUCCCAGCCAAUGCCGCUGGUGUCUCGAUUCACAGUGCUGCACACAAGCGCCGACCUGACGUUCACGCAGUCUGCCACGCACACUCGAUCUACGGCCGUGCGUACUCGGCAUUCGGGAAACCACUGGAGAUGCUCAACCAGGACGUCUGCAACUUUUACGAUGCCCACUCCGUGUACGAGACGUAUGGUGGCGUGGCUCUCUCCGGCGAGGAAGGCGAGAAUAUUGCCGAAGCCCUUGGAGGCGGCAAAGCUUGCAUCCUCGUCAACCACGGCUUGUUGACCGUUGGUAAUACUGUGGACGAAGCCGCAUUCCUGUACAUGGUCCUCGAGAGGAGUUGCAAAGCCCAGUUACUCAUCGAAGCCGCCGUGGCCGGUGGAAGAGUGCAAAAGCAGCUCAUUGGCGAUGAAGAGGCGGCAUACAACUUUAAGAUGAACAGUGACCCCGAGACGUUGUACUUUGAGAUGCAGCCCCAUAUCAGAUACGAGGAAUACCUCCACGGUAGCGACUACAAGAACUAGAUGUCUUGGUCAGUGAUGCGAGCAGUGCGUUUCAGGAGAACGAUGAAGCGCCUCGACAGAGAUGUAACAUCAAGACCAUUGACGAGUUGCUGGUACAUCAAGUUGUCGCUCCCUGUGAAAUCAGCUACCUUUCAUUCUUGAAGUUAUCACGAUUGUGAAAAGAAGUAGGAAGUUUGGAUUGGGAUCCCGAGAAAUGACGGUGGUGCCGAU